CUGAUCGCUGUCACACAGGUAAACUGCAGUCAUUUCACUGUGGAUCUUGUUAACGUAGCAGUGUUGUGUCCUUUAAAGUGGGAGUGCAGGAAACGUUUGAUUCUCGCGCUGUUGUUCCCUGGCUGAAAAAAAGGAGAGAGAGAGAAAAGGCCAGUGUCCUGGCUUCCAUCGUUUGACUAUCAUGAAGCUGGAAGACAAGAUUCAGGUGUUGAAGUUCUGUUCUGCAGUUUUCAGCACCAUCUUCUUGAUCCUGGGGGUGAGCAUCUUCAGCUGUGCUCUAUGGAUCCUCUUUGACAAAGGAACUUUUCUCAGCGUUUUCGAUUCUGAGGAGCUGAAGAUGGUGGCAGGCGGUCUGUUUGUUGUGGGCCUGCUCGUUGUUGUUGCCAGUGUGGUGGGUUGGAUCGGAUCUCACCUAGAGAUGAGAGUCUUCCUGCUGCUGUAUGUGGCCUUCCUCAUCAUCCUCAUCCUUGGACAACUGUUCAUCACACUGAUUCUGCUUGUUAACAGAGACAAGAUAAAAGGAAGCCUUGAUGAAGCCGUGGACCUCAUCAUCAAAAACUACGGAAACGGCAACGAGGAAGAAAGAGCGGACAGACUGCUGGAUAAAGUUCAGCACUCUGCGGAGUGCUGUGGCAGGAGGGAUCCAGUUGAUUGGCUGACAAACUCCCUUAUCCAGAGUAUGAAUCUGACCAGUCAGGUGGUACUUCCUUGUUCCUGCUUCAAUGAUUCCCGGUGUCCAGUCCUUGCCGACUACAACAACUCACUGUUUGGAACAGGGAACUUCUCCUACACAGAGGGCUGUGAGAAGAAGCUCAGGGAUUGGCUGGAGGAAAACACAUUCACAAUUGUGGGCAUGGUCAUGGGCCUAGUCCUCAUCCAGGUGGUGCAGUUUGUCCUGGCGGUGAACCUGUACCAGAAUUUAGGAUGGAGAGCCAGACUGAAGAGAACUGCUGGUUUGAUAGCGGCUGUCAACACUGACCCAGCGUCAGAAUCGGCCUCAGAUGGGUUCCACAUGGGCGACGGGGAGCAGAACCUGGGCUUCAUAGAACCAGAAGAUGGCUUUAGAGCAGAAGGCCUUGGCCACCCAGACCAAUUCCAUGAUAACCAGAACCGCUAUCACCCAAAAAAUAAGUUUGGAUUGUAGAGAGGGUGUAGAGAGGUUGGGAGUUUGAAGGAUGUGUUGUUUUGGGUUUUUUUUAACCCCAGGCUUCAUUAAAACAAUUUCGGAGGUCAUUUUAAGUCAUACUGACAAAAAUGUCACUCCAUAUUGAGACACUUAACACUUUACUGAAUCCUCUGGCCGGGCUUUAAC